ACCAUACGGAUGGCGAGGCGAAAAAUCCAGCCCCAGAGAGCUUUUUUAAUAAUUGCCGACGAUCCGCAAUGAUGUGGGAAAAGUCUUGCGGAAAGAUGAAACGUAAGCAAGCGAUCGAUAAAUCUAGCCAUGGAGGCGGACGGCACGAAGAGCCUCGCCAACGACGUGGCGAACCUGAAGAUCGGCGAGGGCGAUGGGCAGCGCUCGAGUAGUGCGAGCCCUUCGUGCCCGGCGACCGGAGGCGUCGGCACCUUCAUAGCGAGCUUCAAGGCCUUCUCCAAGUUCGGCGACACCAAGAGCGACGGCAAGCUCAUCACCCUCAGCCAGAGCGACAAGUGGAUGAAGCAGGCCAAGGUCAUCGACGGCAAGAAGAUCACCACCACAGACACGGGCAUCUACUUCAAGAAGCAAAAAUCGAUGAAACUGGGCAUCGAACAAUACAAAGCAUUCCUAGAUGAUUUGGCUAAAAGUAAGAAAGUCGAGAUAGUUAAUAUAAAAAAUUUAAUGGCAAACUGUGGUCCACCGGGAGUCACUGGAUCUUCUAUGGGUGGAAAGGCGGCGUCUACGGUCGACAGGCUAACCGACGUCUCCAAGUACACGGGCUCGCAUAAGCAGCGCUUCGACGAGAUGGGCAAGGGUCGGGGCAUAGCUGGCAGGAAGGACCUACCCGACCAGUCCGGCUACGUUCAGGGCUAUCAGAACAAGGACAGUUACAAGUCCCAGUAAUCCGUGGGCAACGGGCGCGAGGGAGUAGCGAGGGAGUAGCGA